AUGGCUGCGUCUUUUGAGGAGAAAGUCGCAGCACUUCGCAAGCUGCGUGAAAAGCAGCUGGCGAAGCAGGAGCAGAGCCGAAAAGAAGAGCAGAGUACCACUGUCACAGACGCUUCCGAGGAGCAAUGCAGUCCUGAAGACUCCGCCCAGCAGGAAUCACAGCAGGCGCAGCUGAAGCAAAUCGCAGAUUCGAAAGAUGCCGACGCUUUCUUCUGCAACGGCCACUGCUAUGAGCGCGGAUUGUAUGGCUGCGAGAUGAACCUCGAGGUUGCUGCGAGGUUGUACAGGCUCGCAGCUGAGAAGGGACACACUGUCGCACAGUGGCGGCUUGGAGAGCUUCUCGAGUCCGGCUUGAACGGGCAAAGGCCCAAUGAUGCAAGAGAGGCCUUGCAUUGGUACACCUUAGCCGCGCAGAGCGGAAAUGCGGAGGCACAAAGUGCGCUGGCACUCCUGUUGGAAGAUGGCGCCGAUGGAGUUGACCAAGAUCCGGCAGCUGCUUUGACGUGGCAUUUGGCAGCAGCAGAAAAAGGAAAUGCAGUGUCUCAGUACUGCGCGGCUUGCAGGCUGUCCAGUGGCGGCGACGUAGAAGCAGCGCACCAUUGGCUGCAGCUCAGCGCAGAUCAGGGCUUUCGGCCGGCAAAGCAAGUUCUGGACGAAGCCGAGCUCAGCGCUUUACCGGGAAAUUCUCUCGGCCGAGACCCGACCUCCACAGCCUCGACAAGCCCCGAUGGUGAAGACCUCGUCGGCCUGGCCAUGCGCAUAGCCCAUCAGCUGAAGGGCCUUCAGGACGACGAAGAAGCAGCACAGCUGCUAGAGGAGCUGCUGAAUGAUUGUCCAAGCCUGGUGGACUCAGCAGGCGACGCCACUUCGGAUGCAGUUGGCAAGCUCCUGAUGUGA